UCCGGAGAGCGGGACUUCCGCAGAGCGGGGCGUCCCGAAAGUGGGGCUUCCGGGGAGCGGGGCGUCUGCAACCCGGCGGCGGGGCAAGAUCCUGCGGCCCGGCCAUGCCGGCUCGGGCGGAGGACUACGAGGUCCUGUUCACCAUCGGCACCGGCUCCUACGGCCGCUGCCAGAAGAUCCGGAGGAAGAGCGACGGCAAGAUACUGGUCUGGAAAGAAUUGGACUAUGGCUCCAUGACAGAAGCCGAGAAACAAAUGCUCGUGUCUGAAGUGAAUUUGCUUCGAGAACUGAAACAUCCAAACAUCGUCCGUUACUACGAUCGGAUCAUCGACCGGACCAACACCACCCUGUACAUCGUCAUGGAGUACUGCGAAGGCGGGGACCUGGCCAGCGUGAUUUCAAAGGGGACCAAGGAAAGGCAGUACUUGGAGGAGGAAUUUGUUCUUCGAGUGAUGACGCAGCUGACCCUGGCCCUGAAGGAAUGUCACCGGCGGAGCGAUGGCGGCCACACGGUGCUGCAUCGGGAUCUGAAGCCCGCCAACGUUUUCCUGGAUGCCAAGCAAAACGUGAAGCUGGGGGACUUUGGGCUGGCCAGAAUCUUAAACCAUGACACAAGCUUUGCAAAAACGUUCGUUGGCACACCUUACUACAUGUCUCCUGAGCAAAUGAGCCGCAUGUCCUAUAAUGAGAAAUCGGACAUCUGGUCGCUGGGGUGUUUGCUGUACGAACUCUGCGCCUUAAUGCCUCCAUUCACAGCUUUCAACCAGAAAGAGCUUGCUGGGAAGAUCAGAGAAGGCAAAUUCAGGCGAAUUCCCUAUCGUUACUCUGAUGAGCUGAAUGACAUUAUUACGAGGAUGUUAAAUUUGAAGGAUUAUCACCGACCUUCCGUUGAAGAAAUUCUCGAGAGCCCGUUGAUUGCAGACUUGGUGGCAGAAGAGCAAAGGCGAAAUCCUGAGAGAAGGGGGCGGCGAGCUGGAGAUGCCGACAAGCCCCCUGAGUCCAGCCUGGGCUGGAGCGAGCUGAAGCUGAAGGAGAUGCAGCUCCAGGAGCGAGAGCGAGCCCUGCAGGAGCGGGAGGCGAGGCUGGAGCAGAAGGAACGUGAACUUUGCGUUCGGGAGAGGCUGGCAGAGGACAAGAUGGCGCGGGCAGACAGCCUGCUGAAGAAUUACAGCCUCCUGAAGGAGCAGAGGCUCCUGUCUCUGACCAACUGUCCAGAACUUUUUGACCUCCCGUCCUCCAUAAUUAAGAAAAAGGUUCAUUUCAGUGGGGAGAGCAAAGAGAACGCCCUGAGGACUGAGAGUGCGGAGGGCCCGCUGAGCUCCAAGUCCAAGUGCAGAGACCUGAAGAAGAGGCUGCACGCAGCACAGCUGCGGGCUCAGGCCCUGUCGGACAUGGAGACGAAUUACCAGCUCAAGAGCAGGCAGAUCCUGGGCAUGCGCUAGGCCUGGUGGGCCCGAGCCUCCCCUGGGCUCCCAGGGCCUUUUGGAUAGUCACAAGGAUUUUCUGGAAUCGCUUUUGCUGAUCUUCGGCGUCACUUGUACAGAAUGGCCAUGAUGCCUCCAGUUUUUUCCAUCUUUUUUUAAAGAACACUUUAUAGGAAAAAAAAUGACAUUUUCUUGUUUGGUUGAGCUUUUAAUCCUGUGUGCGUUUACUCCUAUGCCGUGAAAUGUUACAUUUAGGUGUGUGUAUGUGUGUGCGGACAACGUGAGGAAAAGAGGACUUACUGUGGCGCCCUGACCUGCAGGUUGAACGCUGUGAGUGAGUGCGUUGCUCACUGGGGGGUGCAAAGUGUCAGUCUGAGGUUUUGAAUGUUCUUGACCUUUAGGGAACCUGAUUGAGUGCAGGUAGGUCCCUAAUACAGCGACACCUCGCUCCUGGAGACCCCAUCGCUCUGGGUGCAAAUCCGUCAGCUUUUGUGGAAAUUCACCACUGCGACGUCUGAUUCUUUUAUUGUUUCUUGUUCUGUGUAUGUGAGUGGUCAGUCACCCGCCUUUUUCUCACUAAAAAAGUCUUCAGUUUCUCCCUCUCUGUCUCUCGGGAGAGUC